UGAAAUGCCAGCUCUCAAAGAUGUCAUACCUCUUGAAAAUAUGUGUGUACAGAAAAUCACACAGCAUCUUGUUGAUAUUGUGCAACUUUCCUCUAGUAAAAUAAAGGAAAAUCAAGAUAGUAGUAAUUCAGAAAGUAAUAUCUCAAAGGAAUGUCAAGAAAAUGGUAAUGCCCAGAAUGAAGCCGAGUCAUUUGUAUUAGAGAUCAAGCCAAAAGCUGAUGAUAAGGAUGAAAGUUGUGAUCAACUGAAUGAUGAAAGACUUGAAACGUACAGAAAAGAGCUUAUAAGUCUGCUGACUUCACAUUCAGAUGUGUCUCUUCAUGACAAGCUGUUUUCUGCUUUUGUAUCAAAAUGCAGCGACUAUUACAUUGCCAAGAAGAAAUUACGACCUUGUAUUCAAAAGUUAGUGCCCAAAUUUCUUAAUUCAUGCCUGAGGGAACUGGAUUUUGGGAAGUCAAGAAUGUUCUCAGAAGCUGAAAUGUGUCAGAUAAUUUUUGAUCAUCUGGAAAAUGCAUCUCGACUGCAAACGUUAGAUAUUGGGAGAUCUUGUUAUUGGAGAAUUGGUGUAUUUGAAAAUUUGAGCUCAAAACUUAAAAGUCUUCCAGAACUGACUGUUUUGAAAAUUCAGUAUAUUUGUACUCCAGAAAUGAUAACUGGAUUGGCAGAUGCUUGUCCAAACAUUUUGGAAUUAAAUCUCAAAGGAUCUGAAAGGAUAACAGAUGAGGAUUGUAGUGAAAUAGCAAAAUGUGUCAGUUUGAAGUGCUUAGACAUUACUGGAACAAGAAUUACUGGAAAAGGAUGCUGGAAAAUCAUUGAUUCUAUCAAGGUUUUGUCAUGGUUACAACACUGUGCCUUUAAUUGUAAUUCUGAUGCUCUCCUCUUUGAAUCCAGAGCUCAGUUAUUUGAUUGUAUCAAGCAGCAGGUUAAUCGCCAAAAUGAACCUGUUGAAAUGGUUGGAUCUCCAGGAUUGAUAAAUGUAUUCAGUCUGAAAAACUUCUGGCUUUUUAAUCCUCGUACAGAAGAUAUGUUUUCAAUGCUUCUGUGUCCACAUUUAGAAUUUUUACGGAUGGAUUUCAUCUUUCAAGAUUUGAUUGAAGAGCCUGAUGUUGAAGUUAUAUCUCAGAUCCCAAUGAUCAACAAGCUUCAAGCUAAUCUGUAUGAUCGCUGUGUUGUGGAUUUGGUGUCCCAAAUGAUUGAGGGAUGUGGGUGUAAACUAACCACUCUUGAUCUUCAUUUAGCAGAUGAUUAUUUUUAUGCUGCUCAGGUUCAUAAUGUGGUGGCUCGCUGCUGUCCAAACUUAGUAAAUCUAAGUUUUUCAGGAGAUUACAAAGCAGAUUCGGAGCGUGUCUUUAGGGCCCGUCAUAGUUUGGAUGAGAGUGAUGACUGUUUGGAUUUUGAGAUCCAGGCUCCUGCACACCCGCACCUAGAAAACCUCAGCAUAACAGGUGUGGUCACCGAUUCACGUCUACGUUUUCUUUUGAGCCAUGCACCAGCAGUUCGUAAUUUACAUUUAGAUGGUGAACUUGAAUGGCUUCAUGAUGACAUGUUCAAGACACUUCUGGAUGAGAAUCCUCUAACAAAAUUGGAGUACGUAUGGUUUAAUGUGUCUACGACAAUCACACUGAAUACAGUACGUCUCUUGCUGCUCCAUGAAAAUUCAGUUCGCACCAUUGGUCGCUUGUGUCACAUGGCUGAAAUCCACAAUGAGUGAGUAUCAAGAACUCCAGGAUUUAGUUCGCCAAAGGAAUCUUGAUGUGAAGCUUAUAUGGGUGACAGAUGAACGAAGCAGGUAACACUGCAUCAUGGUAAAACUUUGUGAUGUCGCCUGAUAAAUGUUUACCUCUUUGUAGAGUAUGACACAGUAAAAUGGCGGCUAACUGAAUGAAUGCACAAUAUAUAUAUAUAUUUUGAAUCGAAUGUCCUGUGUAAUAUUUUGAACGAUGCACACUUUUCUCUAGGAACUUCAGUUAUCUGCAAAGAGUUAAAGAUUAUUAUGGAAUGGAACUGCGUGUGAGACAAGCUUUAAUGAUUUUUCAAGUGAUGCCAAUGAGUAUUUUGUGAUACAGUAUUUUUUAAAUGUAAUUUAACCACUUUAAAGAUAGAAAAUAUAUUACAUUUAGUAUUUGUGACUGUAAAGUGUACUGCAUUCAAAAUGUAGCCUGACCUUAAAAAAUGGGAACUAAAUGCAAGAGUGAUUGUUUGUUGUAAUUCUCUUGACUGAAAAUUUUUUAGUUUUGCAGUGCAACUAAAAAUGGUAGAUUGGUCAGCUGAAGGUUCGUUGAACUUUGUUGCUAUGAUUUUUUAUACAUGACAGUAAUUGACUGGCAGCUAUUGCACCUAUGCAUUAAAUCCACGAGAAACUCAGGAAGACUGAAAUCAAAGGGACUACAUGAGCCUUAGGUUUUGACAGUAAAAAUCUUGUAGUUUUUGUUGUCAAGACAUGUCAUUAUCAAUCUUUAAUGGAAGGAGGUAAGUUAAGGUUUUAAAUUCUAACCUUCUUUGCCUAUUUCCAUGCUAGAUGAAUACUUUUUAUCUUCUCAUAAUGUGUGUUAAAUUCAAAUUACUUUGUUGAGAGCUAUGCAAUAUGUACUGUAUUGCUAAAUAAAUUAGUCAAAUUACUGUAUACUUUGUUUGCAAAAUGUUAACUGAUGCAAGUGAUUGUCCUGGUAAUUAUUUUCAGUCUCAAGUUUCCAAAUCUUUGACUAGUUUCCACUUGUAAAUUGCAGUUUUCCCUCCUAUCAGAACCUUUCUUGACAGUUUCUGGGAUAUAAGUUAUGAAAAAUACAAAUUGGUUAAAAAUUUGUCCUUUUUCAUAAUCUGUAUAUUAUAUGUUUUUUAAGUGGAGGCAAUCAUCUAAAUCAAUUUGUUGUAGUUUAAUAACAAAAUACUGAAUUUUAGACUUUUUGGAUGAAAAUUAACAUUGUCAAACUUAGACAAAUGCUGAGGUAUUGUCUUAACUCACUCCUAGUUGGAAUCAACAAAGAUUUUUCCAAAUUGGUAAAUCUGAAGAGUAAGCAUUUUCUAGGAUUUAAGAUCAGUAUUAAUGUUCUCACAGUCUUGUGUGACUUUUCAUGUAACUAAAUAUACCUUAAAAUGGUAAAUAGAAAUAAAGAGGGUGGUGUAUAGUGAUCUCUGGUGCUUAAGGAGGUAUUGUACUUUAAUGUUAUGACAUGAAUUAGCAAAGAGAACAGUGAAACUAUUUUAUAAUGACUCUGAAAUCAAUAUCAUAGUAUAGCUAUACUAGUACAAUAUUUGGCUGCACAAUAUUAUAUAGGAGGUUGGUACUGUAUUACCUUUUGAAGUGCCAUCCUGGAUGCAGCAGGUUUAAAAAGGAAGAGGAAUGUUCCUUAGUUGCCAAUGAUCUACAGUGUGCUGCAUACAGCAAACUGUAAGCAGUACAAAAGGUUCUUUGCAGCACUCUUCCAGGCUCUAGCUUCUUUUCUUCGUGCCUUGUACUACUUUCAUUAGUUUCAUGCUGUCACUUCCAGCUUAGCUAUCUGACUAUUUCCCACUUUUCAUUAAAGUUUUUAUUAGUCAUUUGAAAAUAACUAAUUUCUACCUUUCUUGUUAGAGUACAAAUGACUCUAGUGUUCAGGUUUAAUUACGUCAGGAAAGAAGCAUUGCUAAUAGGUGAUGGUUUCAUUUUUUUAUCAUUUUUUUUAUUAUAGUAACUUUCAGAACAAUGCACCAGUUGUAUAGCAUAACUCCUAUUAAUUAAGUUUUGUUAAAUGCUUAGUUUGCUUACAUGAGCUGAUUACCAUAUUGCCAACCUUCCAAACCUUUGAAUGUAGCUUAGCUUUUGUGAUAUGAUCUCCCAUAGUCUUCGGUUUGAAUUUCUUGCCUAAAAGCACCAUACAGUAAAGCUUACUUUCCUUUCAUUUAUUCAUUCAGCGUUAUAGUAUUUCAUUUCAUGAUAUACACAUUUUAACAUUAUUUUUUUAGUAGUUGCUAAUUAGGCAUAACUAUUUGUUUCAUAUUAAAAUUAUUCCUUUUCACUCAAGUCCUGUCAGCGUUGAAAUGUUUAGCGCUCUAAGCUAUUUUAUAUAGGUAAUUAAUACACAUACAUAGGCAGCUUUUUUUGUUGAAGGUUGCUAGGCUAAUUGAGGGCCUUUUGGGUUGUUUUUUAAGAAUGCAUACAUUAUGAGUACAGGCACCGUAAUAAUAAUUGUUGCUCCAUUGGGCACAUAGAAGAGAACAAUAGAAGUUGAGGAAUAGAGAUAGUGGGGUUGAAAAGAAAUUAAAGUAUAGUAGUACGUAUAUUGAUUAUAGAUAGAAUUGAACUAAACUGGCUGUUAUUACUAUGAUUAAAGUACAGGACAUAAACUGUUCCAAAUAAGGUGAUUAGUUGGAAGUAAGGGCUAAUAAUUUAUAUUACACAAAUUUGUCAAGUGAAAAUCAUUGUUGAUGAUAGUUUCUUGCAUUGUA